AUGCUCAGCCCCGGGCCGCCCCCAGCGCUCCACAGGCGCGCCGCCCGGCUCCAGCCCGCGCUCCGCCACUCGGAGCCGCCCGGCCCGGCCCGGCCCCGCCUCCGCGGCGCCCCUAGCCCGGCCGGCCCCCGUCCGGCCCGAGUGGGCGGCGCAGCGCGGGGGAGGGGUCGGAGGGGCGUCCCCGCCCCGGGCGCGGACACGCGCAGGCACCCCGCGUCACGCGAGGCCGACCAGGCGCACGCGGGGGCUGCGCCGGGGGACCCAGGAUCCCCGUCCCCCCGCGCCCCCACUCCGAGAGCCGGUCGGCUCAGGACUCGGCCGCGGCCGCGGGUCACCCUCUACCCCUACCCGGGCCCCGGGGCCAGCGGCAGCUGGUCAUUGUUCGAGCACAAAGGGCCGGGCGCCAAGGCGGCCGCCCUUCCCCCUCCGCUUCUUCGGUCGAAGCCUCCCCCGCAAGACACACUCUCCGGCUUCGGAGUCCAGAGCGAGACGCCGAGGGUCGGCUGCCCCUCCCCCGCCCCAACCCCUGCUACCGGGACCCUGCGCCCCAGGAUGAGUCGGGGGCCGAGGCUCGCGCCGGGCCUGCCCCCCACCCCCAGCGGUUGGUGGAGGAAUAUUUGGACUUGCGGAGGCGGCGCCACCUGGCGGCGCAUUCGGGAUGAGGGCACCACGAACAUGUUCGGGUGAAGGAAGGAGAGGAGCCCAGGUCACCCCACCCAGUGCAAGUCUCCAGUCCUGCGCUACCCGGACUCCAGGGGGCGUUCUGUUCCCACUUCUGUGGGAAGGUUUAACACUUUUCUGGAAGGAGAAUGGAAUACUGCUCGGCUGGAGACCUUGCAGACUCGCCCAGGACUGGGGAGGGAGGUCCUCGCCCUGAUGCGCGGGUGGGGGAGCACAGCCCACUUGUCUGCGAAGCGAUCACGUGCUCGGCGCCUGUUUACGUCUUAGUCUUCACCUGUGGGCGGCCAGGAAGCAGGAACCUCGGGAGGUGUCCCACCCGUCCCGCCCCCGUCGGCGGUCACAGGGCAGCCCUUUAUCUCCAACCCCCGUCAAGUGCGCGACAGCAGAGCGCUCUGUCCGCUGGGGGUCCGUGCGGGCCAGUGGCGCUGCUCCAGGGACUGCAGGGGUAAUCUAUGGGGCGCGUCCUUUCCUGAAUGCACGUGUGUUCGUGUGUCCCAAGUGCGUGGGUCUGUGUGCGCGCGUGUGUGUGCCCGCUGGUGUGAGUUUGUGUCGGUUCCCUGCUCAGACUCCUCGCCUGCGCCCCGCCCCCGUCCCCCAGAGUGGGGACCCCUUUCUCACUCCAGUCCCCGGCUUCCCCAGAUCGGGAAAGUUCGCUCCGGAGCCGGGAUGUGUGGAAGGCUGGAGUUCCGAUACCUCCGUGUCCCCACCACUCACCCAG